AUGGCCGGCCCACCAUCAUACCCCGCCAAUACCAACCUCACAUCCAACCCACCACCCCCAUCGACAUCAUCACAGUCCAACGCCGCAUUCACACCAAGCGCAACCUCAAUCGCCGACUCCUCCGAUAACGAGUUUGAGCCAACCCCCGUCCACAGCCCAGGCGGUCCCCAGUAUGAAGAUUUGCCACCAUCCUACGACGAGGCCCGCGACCAAGCCGUCCACGACACCCGUCAUGGAAUCGCGCCUGUAGACCCCAGCCAAAUCGAAGCCCACCGCAUCACCACCAACGAAGGACCAAACGAGCCAGAAGUAUGGGAGUACCGUAUAAGAGGUGAAGAAACAGAUCCCGCAAGUGAACAGGAACAAGCACCAGACUAUGCGAAUCACACAAACGACAAGGCCACCAGUGUCCCAGUCCAGCAUGUCAGUACGAGUAAGAACAUCGCUGUGGGACGAGUGCAUGGCGGAUCUGCUUCCUCGAGCAGCAAAGAAAAACAGCCUGAUCUAGCUUCUGACUUGCUCACUCAAGCUCUGGAGUUCAGCCGUGAAGAACCAGAUGCUAAGGCGCAGUAUGCACCGCAUCUAAACCGCAUCAUCGCGAUACCCGAGCAUGCAGGACCGGCAAGACGUGUAGACGAACACGUAUACUUCUUAGUAGCGUACGCCGAAGUGUUGGAUCGACAUUCCAUUAAGCCAGCCGAGUUUGCAGAGUUCUUGUACGGUCUACAAGUCCUGACCACAGCGGCGCACACGACGGCUGAAGACUUGCUUCAAAAACCGUCCCAUCAAGGACUCUCUUCCAGCAUCGUACACGACUACAUCCGAGGAGCGAAUGAAGCCUUCUUCGCGCCAAGAGGUCUCGUUGUAUCGUUCCGCAGCGAGACUGCCUUACUCAAUAUGCUACCUAUACCAGCGGGCCACAAACCCAGCGUCCUCGCCAACUUGGCCGAUAAGACUGCAACGACUGAAUGGCGUGCAAGGCAAUUAUACCCCUGGGUCGAAGCUCUCGACGCGGACGCAGUGCCGAUGCCGAGCGAGCGAGUGCUUAAGCUGCAUGAGAUGAGUGAACGAUUCUCAGGUCCGACGACGGCUACUGGCUCGUCUGACUAUGCCGGAAACAGCGAUCUUGGAUCUGCUGGUGCACAUGAAGACCCACCCCACUCCAUCCCCGGUCCUCCAGAGGAAUCCUCCCAUGCACAUGGUCGACACGGACGAGGCGCCCAUCAUCCCCGCGGCAGACGAGGCGGUCACUGGUCGCCUUUUGGUGUGCCAGGCCAUGGCCCCUUUGGUGCACCCGGCAACGGACCUUUCGGCCAACCCGGCAAUGGCCCUUUCGGGCGCGGCGGUCGAGGAGGACCAUUCGGACCCCGCGGCAACGCCUUCUUCGGUCGAGGAGGUUGCUCCCCUCGCGGCGGACGAGGACGCGGACGCGGGCGCGGACCCCCACAGUCCGCAAACGAAUGGGCGGAAGUAGGCAAAGAAUUAGGCAAGAUUGGGGAGCAAUUUGGUAGACAUAUGGGGGAUCUAGGUGUGGAGAUUGGGAAGCGGGCGAGUGCUUUUGGCGUGGAGGUGGGGAGGAUGGCUGGUGGAAAUGGAAACGCAGGUGGAAAUGCAGGCGGAAAUGCGAGUAUGGGUAUGAGUGGGAACAGAGGGUCUACUACCUCAGGUCCUGCUUCUUACCAACAAGUCCACGACGACCUCCCACCUGCCUAUGCUGCACCGCCGGGACAAGAGACAGGCGUGCUAUAUGGUGACCGCAAAAUCGACACGGCAUAUCCCACCGACACGAAGGACAAGGGCAAAGCUGCAGUCAAGGACGUGGAUGACGACGACGAUACCUCUUCCCUCUCAUCUGAUAGUUCAGACUCAGAUUCAGACUCAGACCCAGAUUCAGACUACGACUCCGACUCCGACUUCACCCCCUCCACAACCCAAUCCCUCAAACUCGCCCGCAGAAACAUCAAGCAGCGGAACCGCCAACUCAAAAAGGACCACAAAGCCAAGAAACGCGAACUCAAAGCCAAACACGCUGAUACCAACACCAAGGGCAAAGGAAAAGCGGCGAAGAAAGCGAAGAAAGACCCAGAGUACAGAGCCGCGAAGAAAGAGUACAAAGCGCAGAGGAAGGAACUGAAGAAAGAGAGGUUGGCUGUGAAGAGGGAGUGGCGGGAGGCGAGGGAAGAGAUGAAGAGGGAGAAGAGGGGGGUGAAGGGUAUGGCAGCUGGGAGUAAAUCGAGAGAAGUGCCUAUGAAAGAGGGAGAGAGGAACGAGGGGAUUUGGUUGGUGAUCGAGAAUUUGGCGCCUUAG